GCACUAACAACGCUUCGCCAGCCACCAGAGCAUCAGUGCUAGUCAGUGGUUCAGGUGGUUUAUCUCCAAUUUUAACAUAAAGAUAUUUUUGUUUUUAAACAGUGCUUUUGGUGAUUGUUCUUUACUCAUAUUGUGCAAAUUUAAGGAUCGAUAAGCGACAAUCUAGCUACCUAUUUCGUCUGAAGCGCUCAACGUAACAAGAUGAGCCAAAACGCCCCGAAAAUCCACACAGUCAAAUCUUACACCAACGAUAACAUCGAAUUAUGCCUGGAGGAGAUCAAAAAAGGACGAAUGUCCUGUUACUCGGCCAGCAAGCGCUAUGGCAUUCCGAUGUCCACUCUCCGAUACCGGUUGAGCGCCCGUUGGAAAAGAUCGUUUACGCCGGGACCGGCCACACGCAUUUCUACGAUGGAAGAGCAGGAGAUAGUGGACUGGCUGCUGGACAUGCAAAGCCGUGGCUUCAUUAUUACGCGUGCAGAAUGCGUAUCGAAAGUGUCCCAUUAUAUGAUGUCGGUUGGUCGCGAAACGGCGUUCAAGAAUAAUAAACCAGGACGAAAAUGGUGUGAUUUGUUCCUGCGACGAAAUACUAACUUCACACUAUCGAAAACAAUAGCAACGCCAAGUGUACAAUACGUCCGCAAUUGGUUCCGAGCCGUUGAAUCGUGGUGCACCAAAACCGAUAAUAGAGAACUACUUGACGAUCCCGCCAGAAUCUAUAUACUCGAAGAAAUACCGUUAACCUUUCCGUUGGGAUCUGCCUCACAUUCCAACUCCGCUGAAAAUGCCUCAACGGAUAUCGCCGUGAUGUUCGCCUUCGGAGCAUCUGGUACCACAGUCCCUCCUAAUAUCAUUAUUCCUGCCUAUCAUGCUCCACAAGAUAUGAAAAUGCAUAACCUUCCUCUUGGAUGGGGUAUGGAAAUAUGCGAACAAGCAUACACGAAUACACAAAAUUUUCGCAACUACAUAAUGAACGUCUUCCAUCCAUUUCUUGUCAAGCAAGGCGUUAGGUUUCCGGUUAUAUUCUUUGUCGAUGGACAUGCUCUGCCCAACAUAGCCGAGGUUGAAGACUUGUGCGAGUCGUUGGGAAUUUUUCUCGUUUCUCCAUAUCGUACAACGAACUACAAAACUGUUACGCAGUCAGCUGGCUUGGGCAUAGCUAAGGUAAUGAAAGUGAAAUGGCUGAAAACCUUGGAGAAAUGGUUUUUGGAUAACCCAGAGUCAAUGCACACAUUGCCCUAUUUCGGUAGCAUUUUGCAGAAAACCAUAGAGCGAGGUAUCACAGCGAGUGAAAUCCACAAUGGAUUCCGGACAUGCGGGUUAUAUCCCUUCAAUGUAGAAUCCAUAGACUACAGUGGUUUCUGUUUUCAAACUGCCGAAACCAUCACGCAGCAGGAAGAAUCGCUAUCAAACGAUCCCUUAGAUAUUCCAGCUAUUUCCGAACAGGAAUUUGAACAUGCACCAGUACUAGAACCAGAACUCACAUUUGGCCAUGUGAGCAUUAGUAUCGAUAAAAUCUACGAGGCGUACGACUUGAUUGACAGUCAUACGAAGGCCAGAAUCCAGGGAGACAUUCGAAGCCUUACGAGGGAGGAACGUAUCAUACGAUUUUUCUACCGUGAGUUUGUCCAACCGAACGUUCAUUUUAACGAUGAUCCUUCGGAGGAUUAUGCACCGAAAAAGGAGUUCCAGUUCGAAGAACUGCAAGUUGUGAAAAGCGAGCCAGCAGAUUCGCAUUGCGGAGACGAACAGAGUGAAAAAAUGGCCGAGCUGCCUGAGUCGGCGGUUCACACAGAAGAAGUUAAUUCAGAAAACCAAUUGAACGGCCAGAAUAUGGUUGAAUACAUGAAUGAAAAUAACGAACCAACCUCCAUCCAUGUUAGAAUGUUCUGCCGUAUGUGUGGCAUCCAGCAUCAAAACGACCAAAGAUACAGUUAUAGGGAACUUCAAAAUGAGGUUAGAGCUCUCACGCAAUUUUGCUUUCUAGAGUCCGCAGAAUUAGGGCCGGCAGAUUCGCUAUGCUCAGAUUGUUAUCAGAAAAUUGAUACAUUCCGAACGUUCGCUCAAAAGUGCCACGAAAGCCAACGAAGACUGUUUCAUACGAUUACAAAGAAUAAAAACAUUGAAGGAUCCAGCAAACGAUCAAUGAGCACGGUCCAAUCACAGAAAUGGCGUUGUCAGAAAUGCGGAAAACGCUACGAGACCCAGCACGAUCUUCAUCAACACUUUGUGAACGAUCAUGGUGAAAUGAGUUACAGCUGCGACAUCUGCGGUGCGAUUCUCAAAACUAAAAUGACCUUAUACCAACACCGACGCAUGAUACAUAAUAAGCUGAAGAAGUGUCCGUAUUGUUCUAAACGAUUCACUACCGGCAAAAUGUACGAAAAGCAUGUCCAAGGGCAUCUAUCGGAUGAGGCAGGAGAUGCUGCAUCAAGUCAUCAAGGCGCUAACGAUAAUGACACAUAUGCAACAAGUGGUACUUCAUUUAACACCGAUCUACAAAACAUAAUCAAGAUUGAACAGAGCGACUAUGAUGACGAGGGCGGUUUCAGUGAAACUAUGAAUUAAUAAAGUUUGUGUAUCUCACCUUUGAAGUUGUAA